AUGUCCGUCCUCCCGCGCCAUGGGGGCUCGUACCUCCAGCGCCGCCUCACAAAGAUGUACACCGACACCAAGACAUCUUGUGAGAGCGUCACCACCGCCGCCAAUGCCGUCGACAAUCCCGAGCUCCUCUCCAUCCACCGCAAUUUCAAGACGCAGCGAGAUCGGCUUCUGGCAUGGGGUCUGGACUGGAGCGAUGCGAGUGCCGCUCAGCCAAACGAUAUAGACGAAUCGCUGACGCAGGCUGGAUUCAGCGACGUCGUGGAAAGUGUGAUGUCGUCGAUCCAAGACCUUCUCGGCGAGGCUGAACGCCUGCAGAAUAAGGGCGCUUCUGAUUUACCUUCUAAAGGAGGUAAAGCGGAGUCUCCUGCAGCAAAUGGUCUCGACAGUUUCCCGUCCAAAACCAAUUGGACCAAUGCUGAGAUCAGUCGCUCCAAGACCCUCCUCAACGAUCUGACCGCAUGCAUCGACGUGCUUUAUGACCUUUCUCGCGAGCGCCGCGACAUGACUGCCAGCGCGCAGUCUUCAGGGAAACCCCGUACUCGGUCGUACCCUGCCCCCCACGCCGCCAGCCCUGGUGGGGAUUCCGGCCUCACAAAGGACUCCAAGUCGUAUCAUGGCGCAUCUUUUGAUAGUGCGCAGAGGUAUCAAAGCUCUCCGAAGUCAAAGGAAGCAUUUGAAUACUCUCCUUUUACCAGUCUCCAUGCCAUCACACAAUCACCCGUUUUCGAGCACCCCAAGUUGGAGAGGGCUUUCAGUAAGCUCUCAGCCGAGUCAAGGAGCUAUCUCAUUGACCGGUCAGCACUGCAACUGACCGGUGCUUCCCACGAUAACAACCCGCCUCCAUAUGAAAUGGUGGCUGCAUCCACGAAUUCUCGAGUCCUCGGCCGGAUGAAGACCUCAGCUUUACCAUAUCCCCACAAAAUCAAGGAUUCUACAAUCAGCAUUCUCGUUGAAUAUACCCCAAUGGUCCUCGAUUCGUCCUCUAACGCUCCUUACCCUGGGGAUGCGCGGCUAGAUAAUGUGCAUCAGACCCUUGAACAGCUGGUUCAGAAUUCACGAGUUUCCCACCUCGGUCUAUUGAACUUAGUUGGGUACUAUCUCGACCGCGCCAACUCUCGUUACGCCUUCGUCUACCAGAUGCCCGUCCAUUACUUCCCAUUCCUCCAGAAUCCUACAGAUCUCUUGAAUGGAUUAAAGCCCAAGCCAUUGGUAUCGCUCCUCCAGUCGGGCGAAGACUAUCCUAUCCCAAGCUUGGAAACUAGGUUUCGCUUAGCAUACGACCUCCUCAUGGCUGUAUUGCAGCUCAGGAGUCAGAACCUUGUUCACGGAAAUAUCAACAGCAACAACGUUCUCAUAUUCCCCGGCCUGACAAACUCGAAUCAGGACGAAGUUGGUUUGACAGAAAAUCUUCGCCGUCCUUACCUCACAUCCUUUGCUCAGUUUUCUGGUAACAACCCAUCUCCCGAACCCCUUUCCGCCAGUAUGUACCGCCAUCCCGACGAUAAAAGGGUAAUCGAGGAUGAUGCCGCCUGGUCCUAUGACCUCUACUCUCUCGGGCUGGUCCUGAUGGAAAUCGGUCUAUGGACUCCAAUCAGCCGCCUGUGGAAGCUGAAAUACAACAAUUCUAUCUUCAAGCAGAGGGUAGAAAGUAUGUAUUUGAAGAAGCUGGGACCCAAGUGCGGCAGCGCUUACAUUCACGUGGUUCAGCUAUGUCUGGAUGCUCCCAAUUUUCAUCUCUCGACCCAGCCUGCCGCUGAUUUCAACCUGAGGAUACCUCAGACCUUCCACUACCCGGUUUUGGACCUUUCAGCGCCGGAUGGGAUCUUUUCAUUUUCCAUGAACUUCAUCUACACGUUGUGCAAAAUUGCUUGGUCAUGUUGCAGAAUUGACAUCUUUUCGGCCCCCGGGGCCGAGGAGUUAGAUGACUGUCUACCCCUGGCCCUUGUUCCUGGGUCAGAGGCGGACGCUGCGAAACAGGCUGCACGGGACUAUCACGGGCCCGAGCAGGUAACCCAAUUUGCGCAGCCACUGCCUGUAGCUCCUGCUCCUGAGAUGAAAUUGAUGAAGGUUGGAAUGGACGAAAGGAGGAUGAAGAAGCGUACCUUCAAGAAACUCACUACUGUCGAAAUACCAGAAAGUCACCUCAAGGAGUGGAAUUUCCAGAUGUUACCUCGAUUGAGGAAGCUCCUGCAGAAGAUCUUGAAGGAUUCGUCCGAAUCCUGCGGUGUCACUCUUAUGAUGACCGGUGAUGGCUUAGAAAAUGCCAGAACCACAAUCUGUGUGACAUGUGCCAGCGUGAAAAAGGUUAGAGCGGCGUUGAAGAAGUACUUCCCACUUGAAAGAGAAGAUUGGGAUUUGCUCGUGCUUCGCGGAGACAUUGAACGCUCAAAAGUACCGAAAAAGAAGCGUCGUCGGCCCGCAAAGACCGGGCCCCAGAGCACAAUCGAAGCCCCUCCUCCACCACAGGACCCUAAUCCUUGUUAUCAACAACGCCCUCUUUGCGGUGCAUCCAUCGGUGCAUUCAUGAACGAUGAGCAUCUCCCUCCUGUCUCGUAUGGUGGUGCCAUUCUCGUCGAUGGUGUCCCCUAUGGUAUGACAGUUCACCACAUGCUCGAGGCUCCCAGUGAUGAUGAGGACGCCGAAGAUCUUCAUGAAGCUGUGAAUGACGCCCCUCUUCGAUCAGCCGCAAAUUGGUGUCGGCAACCUGCUCCUCAAGAUCCACAGCUCAUGUACACAUGGGCCGAUGACGCAUCUGAGCAUAGUCUCGAGUUCGAGAUAUCCGAUGAUGAAGAUGGUGACGAUUACUACGAUGACUUUGCUCUCUCUGAUGGAUAUUCAUCCGACGAGGGCGAUGAUGAGUAUGCGUAUGAUGACGAUGACGCAGCGUCAAUUGGGGACACGGCUGGCAUCGAACCUACAGAUGAUCCCAUGCUCUUCGUAACCCAGCCCGCCAUUGAUGAUGUCCGUGACGAUUUUUUUCCAAGCCCCGAAGAUCGGGAUGAUGAACAUCUCGCUUCCCACUCCUUCGGGUACGUUCACGCUUCCUCGGGUGUUCGACGUUGGACGCGAAAUGGUCUCAAACAUGAAAUCGACUGGGCUCUGAUCAACAUUAACCAGGAUCGUUUGGACGCACGAAAUAUUGUCUAUGAUAAACCCUCCCUCUCUGCAGUCGCUCGAGCGAGACAAAGGCUUGGGGAGCCAAUUCCGCCACAGCAGCGAGAUCCCAUUGUCUUGAACGAUGUCGCACGCCUAGAAGAUCUUGGCGGCCUCAACGUUCACUGCUGUGGACGAACUAGCGGUUUGCAAACAGGGCAGAUCUCGAAGGCGAUGACAAUAGUGAAACUCCACGGCCGGCAUACCUUCUCCACGAGCUUCGGAGUGGAAGGAAACUUUGGAGUUCCCGGUGAUUCUGGCGCUUGGGUCUUUGAAAAAUCGACCGGCCGCGUUUGCGGUGCUGUUCUAGCAUGGUCCGAGAAAAGCCAAACAGCUUACAUCGCCCCGAUGGAGGUCCUACUUGAAGACAUCGCCCGCACCCUGCAAGCAUCGAACGUGACGCUCCCGGGAAGGCCCGACGAGUCCCUUGCAUUCGCCAUGCAGCACUCGCAUAUUCCCCAGAACCCAAGAUACCAGUCUCCACUGCCAUUGCCUGAUCAACUUCCUGUCGACCUUAACCGACAACUGCGCAUUGACGACCAAAGCGUGGCCCCUGUACACACCAGUCGUGGACUCAGGAAUCCAUACCAAAGCCUACCACCUAUCCUUACUCCUGGACCAGGACGCAGUCUGGAAAGACAGCUUGCCUAG